AUGGCUGUUAAAGUGCACGGAUCUCUUGCUCGUGCUGGAAAGGUCAAAAAUCACACUCCUAAAGUUGCCAAGCAGGAAAAGAAGAAACCCCUCACUGGCCGUGCGAAAAAGAGACAACUUUACAAUAGAAGGUUUUCCAGUGUUGCUCUUAAUUCUCGCGGAGGACCCAACUCCCAGUCAUAA